CGAGUAUCUCUCCGGAAUUCGGUCGACUUACUACUUAGUCCCGGAAAUUUGAUGCUGGAUUAAUCUUCGCGGAGGACAGAACAUCCUUCUGGAUACACCCACGCAAUGGCUCGUAUGUUUCAGUCAUUGCGUCGAGUCCUGGGACUGACUCCUGCGAGUCCCGUCCCUCGGUAUGUCGGGUCAAUCGACACCAAUUUCACCUACUUUCGCGAGGGCGACAGGGCUGUCAUCCAUGGCAAGACCCCGGUGUUAACCAAACCGCUUCGAAAGGGGGGCAAGACGGACCUUCGUCGGGGACAGCUGGAGCAUGACAAGAUCAUCGGCAGCAGAGUGCGAGAUCUAGUUCAGGCGCGUAAAGGCGGCGAGCACAGACUCUCCCUCCCCAGUCUCGAAGACUACGUCGCCUUGACACCGCGUCUAGUCACGCCGAUCUACUCAGCGGACGCCAACCUGAUCGUCUCCCUCCUGGACAUCCACAUCACGCCCCCAGCAGAACAGACAGGCCAACCACCAACUGUGGAGAUCCUCGAAUCCGGAACCGGCCAUGGCUCUCUGACUCUACACCUGGCGCGCGCCAUCCAAGGCGCCAAUUCCACUCCACCCCCGAUCCCAACCAGCUCGCAAGUGACCUACCUCCCAACAAAACCCGGCGACGAAGCAACCCGGAAACUCCCCACCACCACCACCACCACCACCGACGACCCGAUCCAACAAAACUGGGACGCCUGGCGCUCCCACCGCAACGCGAUAAUCCACAGCGUGGACAUAACACCCAAAUCCGCCGUCCACGCCGAGGGCGUGGUCCGAGGCUUCCGACGGGGCAUCUACGCCGGCAACGUCGACUUCUCCGCGGGGCACGUGGAGGACUGGAUCGCCGAACAGAAGAGACAACGGACCUCGAAGGGCCUGCUCCCCUUCACCAAGAACGAGGUAGAGCCGUUCCUCUCCUACGCGAUCCUGGACAUGCCGUCGGCCCACACGCGGAUUCCCCACGUCACAUCGAUCCUCAAGCGCGACGGUCUCCUGGCCGUGUUCAUGCCAAGCGUGACCCAGAUCGGGGACUGCGUGGACCUGAUCCGGAAACACAAGCUGCCGUUGGCGCAGGACAAGGUCGUGGAACUGGGGAAUGGGAUCAGCAGUGGGCGGCUCUGGGAUAUCCGGCAUGCGGUGAGGAGGGCCCGUGACAAUGUGUCUGUUGCUGCGUCCGAAGGCGCCGAGGAUGGAGCGGACGUUGUUGAGGGUGAGUCUGCGGAUGAAGGUGCUGCGAUUGCUCCUGUUUCUCCGGAAGAGACGCCCAAGGAGGACGACAGCGUGCUCGUCUGUCGGCCCAAGGUUGGGUCGCGGAUCGUGGGCGGAGGGUUCGUGGGCAUUUGGAGAAAGAUAGAGGACAGACGGAGCUGAUUACGGCGUACGGCUACGAUCUUGCUUGUUGAGCUCAGUCUUCCUUUUUUUUUUCGGAUACCCCAUUUGUAACAUCAUAUCACAUCACCUCAUGUCAUCUCGCAUUACAUUACAUUAUAUAGACUGCAC